UUUUAUAGGUUACAUAAUUUUACUUAGCGGCCGCCCGUACACUUUGCCCGAUUGCUCAAUCUUAAAAAAAUGUUAGGGGCUGUAAGUAGGGUUGGUGGCGGCUUUUUAGCCGCAAAAUCUGUUGCCGAAAAAGCUCUAGCGGAGUGUGGCAAAAUUGUUGCUGUUUCUGGAAACAAGAGGGAUUAUGCAGCUAAAGCCUCCGGAAAAGGGCAAGGUAAGGUGGUCGCAGUCAUUGGUGCCGUAGUCGAUGUACAAUUCGAGGAUGAUCUUCCACCUAUUCUAAAUGCCCUGGAAGUACAAAAUCGUACACCACGUCUGGUGCUUGAAGUGGCCCAGCACUUGGGUGAGAAUACAGUACGUACCAUUGCCAUGGACGGUACAGAGGGUCUCAUUCGUGGACAAGCUGUCCUCGACUCUGGCUCACCCAUCCGUAUUCCUGUUGGAGCUGAGACUCUCGGGCGUAUCAUCAACGUAAUCGGAGAACCCAUCGAUGAGCGCGGUCCAAUCCCUACCGACAAGACUGCCGCUAUUCACGCCGAAGCGCCAGCGUUCGUCGACAUGUCCGUAGAACAAGAGAUUCUGGUAACAGGAAUCAAAGUCGUAGAUCUGCUUGCGCCUUACGCCAAGGGAGGUAAGAUCGGUCUUUUUGGCGGUGCUGGUGUCGGCAAGACUGUACUUAUUAUGGAACUGAUCAACAACGUAGCUAAGGCCCACGGUGGUUACUCUGUAUUCGCUGGUGUAGGGGAGCGCACUCGCGAAGGUAACGAUUUAUACCACGAGAUGAUUGAAUCAGGUGUAAUUUCCCUGAAGGACAAGACAUCCAAAGUAGCGCUUGUGUACGGUCAGAUGAACGAGCCCCCUGGCGCACGUGCUCGUGUCGCUCUCACAGGACUGACGGUUGCUGAAUACUUCCGUGAUCAGGAAGGACAAGAUGUAUUACUUUUCAUUGAUAACAUUUUCAGAUUCACUCAGGCUGGUUCAGAGGUAUCCGCCUUGUUGGGUCGUAUUCCCUCUGCUGUAGGUUACCAACCCACCCUCGCCACUGACAUGGGUACUAUGCAGGAACGUAUUACCACCACCAAGAAGGGAUCUAUUACCUCAGUGCAGGCCAUUUAUGUACCAGCUGACGACUUGACUGACCCUGCCCCUGCCACUACUUUCGCUCACUUGGAUGCUACAACUGUAUUGUCUCGUGCUAUUGCUGAACUGGGUAUCUACCCUGCUGUAGACCCUCUAGACUCCACCUCACGUAUCAUGGACCCUAACAUUAUCGGCGCAGAGCACUACAAUGUUGCACGUGGCGUUCAGAAAAUUCUGCAAGAUUACAAAUCUCUACAGGACAUUAUCGCUAUCCUGGGUAUGGAUGAGUUAUCUGAAGAAGACAAGCUGACUGUAGCACGUGCACGUAAGAUCCAGAGAUUCCUCUCUCAACCCUUCCAAGUAGCUGAGGUGUUCACAGGUCAUCCUGGAAAACUUGUACCUCUUGAGCAAACUAUUAAGGGAUUCUCUCAAAUCCUUCAAGGAGAGUAUGAUCAUUUACCAGAAGUUGCAUUCUACAUGGUUGGACCAAUCGAAGAAGUUGUAGCUAAAGCAGAAACAUUGGCUAAAAAUGUAUAAAUAUCAAGCGAAUGAAAGAUUGUAAUUAAUGUUCUUUCUUAAUAAAUUUAGCUGUAACUGA